CCGCCGGGCCGUUGCUCCGCGGAGCUUCCCGGAUCCGAGCCCAGACGGCGUCGGCCGGGGCAGCCUGGGCGCCGCGACCCUCGGCGGCCGCAGGGGGACGGGGAGGAGGAGGAGGAGGAGGAAGAGGCGGAGGCAGCGGCGGCCAGGAGGAGGAGGAGGAGGAGGAGGAGGAGGAGAGCUCGCUCGCCCGUUCCGACGCAGACAUGGUGGACUGAUCCCCGGCAGGGCUGAGAGCAGGGAUUCCCGAGGCUUUUCCCUCCGCCCCGCCGCCCCGCGCGUGGCCCGCGCCCCGCGCCCCGCGCCCCGCACGCCCCCUCCGCCGGUGCCCGCGUUCCCGCCGCGUCCCCGCGCCCGGUCCCUAUGGAGGCGCCGCUCGCCGGCGAGGCCGCCGACCAUGCCUAGGAGAGCCGGGAGCGGGCAGCUGCCGCUACCCCGGGGCUGGGAGGAGGCCAGGGACUACGACGGCAAGGUCUUCUACAUCGAUCACAACACCAGGAGGACCAGCUGGAUCGACCCCCGGGACAGGUUAACGAAGCCCUUGUCCUUCGCUGAUUGUGUCGGGGAUGAGCUGCCAUGGGGAUGGGAAGCAGGGUUUGACCCCCAGAUUGGUGCCUACUACAUCGAUCACAUCAACAAAACCACACAGAUUGAAGAUCCGAGAAAACAGUGGCGGGGUGAGCAGGAGAGGAUGCUCAAGGACUAUCUCUCCGUGGCCCAGGAUGCACUCAGGACACAGAAGGAGCUGUACCACGUGAAGGAACAGAGGCUGGCCCUGGCCCUCGAUGAGUAUGUCCGCUUAAAUGACGCCUACAAGGAAAAGUCAAGUUCUCGCACAAGCCUCUUCUCAGGGUCUUCAUCUAGCACUAAAUAUGAUCCUGAUAUUUUAAAAGCUGAGAUCUCCACCACACGAUUAAGGGUUAAAAAGCUGAAGAGAGAACUCUCCCAGAUGAAGCAAGAACUUCUCUAUAAAGAGCAAGGCUUUGAAACACUACAACAAAUUGAUGAAAAGAUGUCUGGAGGCCAGAGCGGGUAUGAACUCAGUGAAGCCAAAGCCAUCCUGACGGAACUGAAGUCCAUCAGAAAAGCCAUCAGCUCAGGAGAGAAAGAAAAGCAAGAUCUGAUGCAGAGUCUUGCUAAGCUGCAGGAGCGCUUUCAUUUGGAUCAGAACAUGGACAGUUCCGAGCCAGACCUGAGAUCUAGUCCUGGGAACUCUCACCUCUCCCUGUCCAGACAGACCCUUGAUGCUGGGUCACAGACAAGCAUUUCUGGAGAUAUUGGGGUACGGAGCAGAUCAAAUUUAGCUGAAAAGGUCAGGCUGAGUCUCCAGUAUGAAGACGCCAAGAGAAGCAUGGCUAACUUGAAAAUUGAACUGUCAAAGUUGGACAGCGAGGCCUGGCCCGGGGCCCUGGACAUCGAGAAGGAGAAGCUGAUGCUGAUUAAUGAAAAGGAAGAGCUCUUGAAAGAGCUGCAGUUCAUCACCCCACAGAGACGCACGCAGGACGAGCUGGAACGCCUGGAAGCCGAGCGCCAGCGGCUGGAGGAGGAGCUGAUGUCCACGCGGGGCGUGCCGAGCAGGGCUCUGGCCGAGAGAUUGAAAUUAGAAGAGAAAAGAAAAGAGCUGCUACAGAAACUUGAAGAAACUACUAAGUUAACUACUUAUUUGUAUUCACAACUGAAAAGCCUCUCCUCCAGCACACUGUCCAUGUCAUCUGGCAGCAGUCUGGGGUCGCUGACAUCCAGCCGGGGCUCUCUGAACACCUCCAGCAGAGGAUCCCUCAACUCGCUCAGUUCCAGUGAACUCUACUACAGCAGCCAGGGCGAGCAGAUGGACGCAGAUUAUCAGUAUAAACUGGACUUCCUUCUUCAAGAGAAGGGUGGCUACAUUCCUUCUGGACCCAUCACCACCAUCCACGAGAAUGAGGUGGCCAAGUCUCCCAGCCAGCCCGGGCAGAGUGGACUCUGUGGGGUGGCAGUCGCCCCAACCAGCCACACUCCCCCGCUGACCGAGGCCUCCAAGUCAGUGACGUCCCUUUCCUCCAGGUCCUCUCUUUCAUCCUUGUCCCCUCCCGGCUCUCCUCUGGUCUUGGACAGCGCAUUUCCGGUGUCUUCUCAUGACGCCUCUCUGCACCAGUUCACUGUGGACUUCGAGGACUGUGGAUUAAGCAGCCACUUUGCUGACAUUGGCCUUGGUGAAAGUCAGGUCCUGCUGGAUUCAGAUUCAGGAGCGUCCCAGUCUCUCUUAGAGGAUAAGGGCCUUGAUGAGUGCACGGGAGAGCUGCUAUAUGAAGGGACAACAGAAGCUGUCCGUGAAUGCCAUAGGUGUGAAGAGCAGAUGGCACCCUUGCUGUACAGUGCCUCCUGUGUUCCGGGGAUAGUCCACUCUACCGCUAGCUUGAAGCAAGAUGUGGAAAAAUCAUUACCCAAAAGAGGAGGGAUCCAUCUGCGUGGAGACAAAACUGCUUGUGUGUCAGCCGCUGCCUCUGAUGAGUCUGUGGCUGGAGACAGUGGGGUCUAUGAAGCUUCCACAAAACAGCCUGGUGAAAUGGAGGACACGCCCUAUCAUGAAGAGGAUGUCACCAUUGUGGAGACCGCCCAGGUGCAGAUAGGACUCAGAUACGAGACCAAAAGUGCCAGCUUCAUGGUGAUUAUAGCACAACUCCGGAAUCUUCAUGCCUUCUUGAUACCUCAUUCUUCAAAAGUGUAUUUUAGGGUUGCCGUGCUUCCCUCCUCGGCAGAAGUGAGCUGUCUAUUUCGAACAAAAGUCCAUCCACCCACCGAGUCUGUGCUGUACAACGACGUGUUCCGGGUGGUCAUUUCUCAGGCAGCCCUGCAGCAGAAGACCCUCAGAGUGGACCUUUGCUCCGUCGGUAAACACCGUAGAGAAGAAUGCCUGGCUGGGACUCAGAUCAGCCUGGCAGAUUUACCAUUUUCCAACGAGAUUUUCAUGCUGUGGUAUAAUUUACUUCCUUCCAAGCAAAUGCCUUGCAAAAAGAAAGAAGAAGAAACCGAGGCGCCUGCAGUUCAGUCAGCCGAGCCACAACUGGAGUCUAUAGACUUGGAUGCCGUGUCCGCCUUACUUGCAAGAACUUCAGCCGAGCUAUUGGCCGUGGAACAAGAGCUGGCCCAAGAGGAGGAGGAGGAGGAAGAGGAGCUGAGGCCUGAAGAACAGCGGGGUCCAGGGGGAGAUUGCUUAACAAUGCUAAGAGAGGCCUCUGAUGAAACUGUGGCUGCUAAAGAGGCUGAGGGUCACGUGGCGGAGGGCAGCCGCUGCACAGGAAACCCGAGUUCAUGUACACGUAGGCUUGAUACGAGUGAAGGCGAUCGUGCUGAAGACCCUGGCCAGCCACCAGCUGGAAUUCCCACCCUGGUCGAUAAGGAGACGAAUACCGAUGAAGCAGUGGAUGGCAAUAUGGCAGUUCGCCCCAAAGACCGUAGCAGCCUGAGCUCUCGACAGCAUCCCUUCGUGAGAAACAGCAUGAUAGUGCGCUCACAAACCUUCUCCCCAGGCGAGCGGAGCCAGUACAUCUGCCGGUUAAACCGGAGCGACAGCGACAGUUCAACCUUGGCCAAAAAAUCAUUGUUUGUGAGGAACUCCACGGAGCGGCGCAGUUUGCGGGUUAAAAGGGCAGUCUGCCAACCCACCCUCAGGAGGACUGCUCAGGAGUGCCCGGUGCGCACAUCUCUAGACCUGGAGCUGGACCUGCAGGCCUCACUGACCCGCCAGAGUCGCCUUAACGAUGAGCUGCAGGCCCUGAGGGACUUACGGCAGAAGCUGGAGGAGCUGAAGGCUCAGGGAGAGACUGACCUUCCCCUGGGCGUGCUGGAGGAUGAGAGAUUCCAGAAGCUUCUGAAGCAAGCAGAGAAGCAGGCUGAGCAGACAAAGGAGGAGCAGAAGCAAGACCUGAACGCCGAGAAGCUGAUGAGGCAGGUCUCCAAGGACGUGUGCCGUCUGCGGGAGCAGAGCCGGAAGGUCCCCCGGCAGGUGCAGUCCUUCAGGGAGAAGAUUGCCUACUUCACACGAGCGAAGAUCAGCAUCCCAUCCCUGCCAGCUGACGACGUGUGACCUCGUGGCUUACCGUGGCUUCUCACCUGCGCACCGUCCGAGGGAGGGUCCAAGACUGAACCUUUACUGUUUUUGUUCUUUUCUAUUUUUUGUCGGGGGGGCGGGGCUUUUGUUUCCUGUAACACAACUGUCAACUCUUGAAGAACUUUCAUUUCACACCGAUCUCAUCAGGUUAAUUUGUAAAGUACUUUGAAUGUAACUCUUACAUGCUUUGAGAAGGACAAAACAUUCACAGAAUGAAUGAAAACGGGGUAACCUGGUCCACACGUGUUGUACAGUGUGUAUGUGUUACCCCUUGGGUUUCACUGUGCAGAGCGGAACAGAGGCGGCGGGUGCCCGGGGUCGGCCUGCUGAGCCAACUGCAGGAGCAGCCAUCCAGGAGCUGUGGCGCUGGUACUACAUCAUACUCCUGAGCUAGAGAGCCACACUUUCCGUCGAAAGUGCACGCGAGCAAGCGUCGCUCUGCGUCCACCCCGUCCCUCCCGACGGCUGUGUCUGGCCCCCUUGUUUCUGCAAGACAGUUCUUUCUGCUCUCCUAAACUUGUCCAAAGAAAACCAAAGUAUGAAGUGCUGAGUACAAGAAUAUGAAAAACAAAGGUAUAUUCCUACUGUAGAGAGAAAAGGAGGGGCCCCCAGCUCCCAAAAACCACACUCAGGAAACUCACCUCCUGCUUGAGUGGCCGCUAGUUCUAACUCUAUCUGAACCUGCGGGGUUUUGUCCGUCUCUGGCCUACACCAGGUUUUGUCCUAGGGAUAAAGACAAAGCCAAGGAGAAGCAUGUGGUGGCCCUGGGCUCUGUUGACAGUGCAGAGGGGGCACACUCAUAGGGAAGGCCCAAACGGGAGUUCCUGAGGUGCAGAGAGGACACACCCAUAUUCAUCGGGUGAGAGCGGAGGUCAGGGCACAUCUUAAUGAGACCAAUCUUACUCGACCUUAUUCCUCAGCUGUCAUCUUUAGGGGACUCUAUCAGUGACGCAUAGAAAGCAGUCGGAAGCAGAAACAAAGGGUAGGCCUGAGGGGACCCGCAGCGUGGACUGCAUCAUUUACAAAUACAUAUUCUGGGGGAGCAAGCUUGAGAUAGAAACUGGUCGGAGUGCCCUGUUCUCCGGGUUAGGUUUUAACUUACCAGGCCCGGGCACUUCUUUAAAAGAAAGAAAGGAAGAAAGAAAGGAUCAGCAUAGCUUUGCCAGCAUAAAAGUGUUAAAAUACAUAGUUUUUAGGUAAUUGAAACCAUACUUACUUAGUUUGUCAUACUGGAAGAAGCCGUGUUUUGGUGAGCCAUCUUAUAUAGCAAGCUAAAUUAUUUUUAUUUUUUAAUGCAAAGUAAUUUUAUAGGAAUUUUAAAAAAAAAGAAAGUUAGGCAAGAAAAAAAUCUGCUUAAAAAAGAGUUAUGUUCUGCUGGAAUCCCCAUUAGUAAGAAUUGUUAUCUUCCUGAAUCUAUGCAUAUUUUAGAAAGUUCAUUCUAUCAGAAUCAAAAUUUACACUUAGCCAGAACGUCAAUUAUCAAGUUACUGCACCUGAAACUUCAACCGUUUUCCCCCUAAAUGUUCCACAGCUUAUACCCAAGUUCUUAGAGGAUGUAACUGGACGUGCACUACUUGGAACAAAAAACAGCCUAGUGGCAGACGGAGCCCAGUCUUCCAGACUGCCCAGUCUGCCCUGUAGGUGACUGGAGGAAGCUGGAGUGCCAUCCAUCCUUGUCAAGGUCAAAUGUGAACAGCAGGGUUUUAUUUAAUAUAGCACUCAAUAAAGGUCAGCUGUCUUCAGCAUCAUAGUUUGACCCAUGAAAAUGUUCAUAGAACUUUGUGUAGUUGUACCGUACGAUUUUAUUUUCAUUUAUUUAUUUACGGUCUUAUUUAUGUUCUGUUUAAUAUAUAGUUUGGUUCUGGCCAUCUUAAAUGUUGGGCUUACAAGAGGCUAUAUUGGAGUAUUUACAGCUUUAUGAUCUUCAUCAGAUUUAUUGCUAACUUUUUGUAAUACAAAAAGUCUCAGAUGAGUAUUAAAGAAUAAAGUGUGUCUCAGGCUGGUAGUUCACAA